CCAUUUGCGAGAUAAUAGCAAUUAUGGACCAACAAUUGUCGAACGAAAGAACAAAUGAGAACAUUCGAAUGAUCGACGUAAACAAAUGAUUUUCUUAAACAUCACUUAUCAGAAUAGGCGACAACCCUGUUGAUUUGAGAAUCAAACCAAAAUGUUCAAAAAUAAGCAAUACAUCUCCAUUUGGAUGAGAGCAGGGAUACUGAUCCUCACUGUCAUCUUAGCAAUUCCAGGAUGUCUCUCCCUACGCCUAACCAACAUGACAGCUCCCCUGAUUCAGGAUCCCAGAGAGAGCAUGGGCCUCUUCUGCGAAUUCGAUAUGGGGGGAGAGGAUCUGUACGCUGUCAAAUGGUACAAAGACGACCACGAGUUCUUCAGGUACAGCCCGGCCGGUCAACAGAAGCUGAUGGAGUUCCAAGUGAUGGGCGUGCACGUGGACCUGGUCAGAACGAAAUGCUCGAUGACAUUUUGCAAUCUGGUCCUCAGCGAUUUGUCUAGGACCUUCAGCUCGGGGGCUUAUAGGUGUGAGGUCUCCACUGAGGCUCCCACCUUCAGAUUGGCCUCCCAGACCCACAAUAUCACGAUGGCAGUAAUUCCAAGAAAUAAUCCCACUGUAGAAGGUGUGAGGGACAGCUACUUAAUCGGAGAUCUUCUAGUCGGUACCUGCACAUCCGGAUUAGGGGAUCCAAAACCAUUGAUUUCUUGGUUUCUCAACGAUGCACCAGUGGACAAGAAUUUCGUCCGAGAGCUCACACAACGACCCACACCUCAUAAUCAGAAAGAUGGCGAGGUAAAACUACAGGGCACAACUGUUCAACUACGUCUUCCUCUAGACAAGAGAAUCGUCAGCAAUAAAACAAUCACCAACCUCAAUCUGACCUGUCUACAAUCCACGGACAUGAUUGCCGCAGCAUCUUUGUCCCGCAACACCACGAAGAUCAUCGCUGUAACCGAAGAGAUCUUGGUGACCAACCAGAAGCUGUACGGCUUUUUCGGAGCAUCUUCUCGCAUCAAACUGUCCGGCUGUCUGAUGUUCGUAGUGAUCGUCGGGGUGGUUUAUUAAAUUUAGGAUUGUGGAUUGAUUCGAAUAAAAAAAUUCGAACUUUAGUGAACGCGACAAUUGUCGACGAAUGUGAUAUGGGUGUUUCCGAGAAUUCUAGUGAUGUAAGUUUCGAGUGGAUAUAUCGGUGAUAAGGUCAAAUUAAUAUAUCGUUACAAUCGAUUAUGUUGGUAUAGAGUAAGUUGAUUGAUUGUUUUCCGUUGAGAUCAAUAAAUUCUUCCUUCCUGA